GGAAGAUAGACACCAUGCGGCCACUCCACUGCCACUCCUCACGGAACAACAGCAGAGCAGCAGGUGGACCAUGGUCGGCACGAUCGCUUGCUCUUGCUCUGCUGCCACUGCUCUCCCUGCUCUCUCCCACCGGGUGUGCGAGCAGCACGGAGCAGGACGGGGUCUCCCUCCUCAAGUUUCUCCAGGGGCUCUCGCAGGACUCCGGCCUCGCCACUUCUUGGAGGAACGGCACAGACUGGUGCACGUGGAAGGGCAUCACCUGCGACGCCGACGGCGCCGUCACAGAAGUCUCGCUGGCUUCCCUGGGCCUCGAGGGCCGCAUCUCGCCGGCGCUCGGCGAGAUGCCUAGCCUGCUGCGCCUCAACCUGUCGCUCAACUCCCUCUCCGGCGGCCUCCCCGCGGAGCUACUGCUGUCCAGAAGCUUACUCGCCCUCGACGUCAGCUUCAACAACCUGAACGGUGAUCUCCCCGAGCUGCCAUCUACGUUCGCCGGACAGGGACGGCAGCCUAUCAAGUUACUCAACGUCUCAAGCAACCAGCUCACAGGGCAAAUCCCGCCGCUCACACUGGCGGGCAUGACCAAGCUCGUCACUCUCAACGUGAGCAACAACAGCCUCACCGGAGAGAUCCCCAGCACCAUCUGCGCCAGAACGCCGUUCCUGUCGGCGCUCGACCUCAGCUUCAACCAGCUCAACGGAAGCGUGCCCGUGAACCUCGGCCGUUGCUCCGCGCUACGAGUGCUCAAGGCCGGCCACAAUGAACUCCACGGGACUCUGCCGGACGAGCUCUACGACGCGACCUCUCUCGAGCACAUCUCCUUCCCAAACAACCGUCUGCAGGGAGCGCUCAGCGCCGAGCGUCUAGCCGAGCUCAGGAGUCUGGUCGUCCUCGACCUCGCGGAGAACGGACUCACGGGCGGCAUCCCGGACUCUAUCGGGCGGCUCGAGAGGCUGGAGGAGCUUCGCCUAGAGCACAACAGCAUGUCCGGCGAGCUGCCACCGGCUCUGAGCAGGUGCUCGAGUCUCAGAACCGUCAUUCUCCGGAGCAACGGUUUCCAUGGAGACCUGAACAGCGUCGACUUCUCAACCUUGCCCAGGCUAAAAGUUCUAGAUUUCAUGGACAACAACUUCACAGGCACAGUCCCUGAGAGCCUGUACUCGUGCAGCGACCUCACCGCGCUCCGACUGUCCUCUAACGGCUUCCAUGGCCAGCUCUCGCCGGGGAUCGGCAGGCUCAAGUCGCUCAGGUUCCUGUCCCUGACAAACAACUCGUUCACGAACGUCACGAACGCGCUCCAGGUCCUCAAGAGCGCGCCGAGCCUCACGACUCUGCUGAUCGGCGCCAACUUCAGAGGCGAGGCGAUGCCGGAGGACGAGACGAUCGAAGGCUACCGGAGCCUCCAGGUCCUGUCCCUGGCGGACUGCUCGCUGUCAGGAGAAAUCCCUCGCUGGGUGUCAGGGCUCGAGAACCUGCGAGAGCUGUUCCUGUCCAGCAACCGGCUCACCGGCCCGAUCCCGGCCUGGCUCAGCGGCCUGAGCCUCCUGUUCGUUCUGGACGUGUCCAACAACAGCCUCGCGGGGGAGAUCCCGACAGCGCUGGCGGAUCUACCGAUGCUGAGGUCCGAGACGACCGUGGACGACGACGACGACGACGGUGGGUCUUCGAGCCAGUCCGCGUUCCCGCUGCCCGUCUACAUGGCCGCGUCGCUCCAGUACCACAGGGCGAACUACUGCCCCAAGCUGCUGAACCUCGGCGACAACAGGCUCACUGGCGCGGUGCCGCCGGAGAUCGGCCGCCUGAAGGGACUCACGCAGCUCAACCUGAGCUUCAACAGCCUGCGUGGGGAGGUUCCGCAGGCCGUCGGCAACCUCACGAACCUCGAGGUGCUGGACCUGUCCAGCAACCGCCUGACGGGCAAGAUCCCCAGGGCGCUGGAGAGCCUCCACUUCCUCUCCUACUUCAACGUCUCCAACAACGACUUGGACGGGCCUGUUCCGGCAGGAGGCCAGUUCUGCACGUUCCCGAGCUCUAGCUUCGCGGGGAACCCGGGGAUGUGCGGCCCUAUGCUUGUUCGCCGGUGCAGCGCUGCUUCUGUAGAGGCAGGUCUUCCUGCGCCCGUUCGCGACGCAGGACUGUGUGGCGGUGACGUCGUCGUCUUCGCUGUGACCUUUGGUGUCUUCGUUGGAGUAGGCGUGCUGUAUGAUCAGAUGGUACUGUCCAGAUAUUUUGGGUAGCGAAAAGUGCUGCAGCAAUGC